AGGGCAAUACCAUGCGCGCAAGUAAAUGAUGACUACUGCGAUUGCAGCAAUGGGAAGGACGAGCCAGGCACCUCGGCGUGCUCUGCUAGGGGGGCGCGCUUCUCAUGCACGGGAGAAAAUAAGACAAUCUCCACUGCCUUUGUGGACGAUGGCUUCAUAGACUGCAAGAAUGGAUCGGAUGAAUCAUAA